CCCGAGGCGCGGGCUCUGGCGGCCCUGGGCGACCAGGACCGCCCGCGCGCCGCCGCCGGGGCCGCGGUGCCGCGGAGGCGCGGGCGCGCCCGGGCCGUCGCCGCCUCCCUCGGCGCCCGGGGCCGGCAUGGAGCUCUUCCAAGCCAAGGACCACUACAUCCUGCAGCAGGGCGAGCGCGCGCUGUGGUGCAGCCGCCGCGACGGCAGCCUCCAGCUGCGACCGGCUACUGAUCUACUUCUUGCCUGGAAUCCCAUUUGUUUGGGAUUGGUAGAAGGUGUUAUUGGGAAAAUUCAACUUCAUUCAGAUCUUCCAUGGUGGCUUAUUUUAAUUAGGCAGAAAGCAUUGGUGGGCAAACUUCCAGGAAACCAUGAGGUCUGUAAAAUUACCAAAAUUGCUGUGCUAUCACUUUCUGAAAUGGAACCUCAGGAUCUUGAGCUGGAGCUCUGUAAGAAGCAUCAUUUUGGAAUUAACAAACCCGAGAAGAUUAUACCAUCUCCUGAAGACUCAAAGUUUCUACUGAAGACCUUUACGCAUAUUAAAUCCAAUGUGUCUGCUCCUAAUAAAAAAAAGGUCAAGGAAAGUAAGGAAAAGGAGAAAUUGGAGAGAAGAUUACUUGAGGAGUUGCUGAAGAUGUUCAUGGACUCAGAAUCCUUUUACUACAGCCUGACAUAUGAUCUGACCAAUUCGGUGCAGAGGCAGCACUCGGGGGAAGAGGACCCCCGGCCCCUCUGGCAGAAGGUUGAUGACCGGUUUUUUUGGAAUAAAUAUAUGAUGCAAGAUCUUACUGAGAUUGGUACACCAGAUGUGGACUUUUGGAUUACCCCCAUUAUCCAAGGUUUUGUGCAGAUUGAAGAACUUGUGGUUAAUUAUAAUGAAUCAUCUGACGAUGAGAAAAGCAGCCCAGAGACUCCCCCUCAGGAGUCCACCUGCGUAGAUGACAUUCAUCCACGAUUUCUAGUGGCUCUCAUUUCACGCCGAAGUAGGCACAGAGCAGGAAUGCGUUAUAAACGAAGAGGAGUAGAUAAAAACGGAAAUGUUGCAAAUUAUGUGGAGACUGAGCAGUUAAUUCAUGUUCAUAAUCAUACCUUGUCAUUUAUUCAAACACGAGGCUCUGUGCCUGUCUUUUGGAGCCAGGUUGGGUAUCGAUAUAAUCCAAGACCUCGGCUGGACAAAAGUGAAAAGGACACUGUUGCCUAUUUCUGUGCCCAUUUCGAAGAACAACUGAAAAUUUACAAAAAACAGGUUAUUAUUAACUUGGUAGACCAGGCAGGAAGAGAGAAGAUUAUCGGUGAUGCAUUCCUGAAGCAGGUGUUGCUCUUUAACCACUCACACCUCACCUAUGUCUCAUUUGACUUCCAUGAGCACUGCCGAGGAAUGAAGUUUGAGAAUGUUCAAACACUAACAGAUGCCAUUUAUGACAUUAUUCUUGACAUGAAGUGGUGUUGGGUUGAUCAAGCUGGAGUAAUAUGUAAACAAGAAGGGAUUUUUCGUGUUAAUUGCAUGGACUGCCUGGAUCGCACCAAUGUAGUUCAAGCUGCCAUUGCACGAGUGGUCAUGGAACAGCAGCUGAAGAAAUUAGGUGUGAUGCCCCCAGAACAGCCACUACCAGUGAAAUGCAAUCGGAUCUAUCAGAUAAUGUGGGCCAAUAACGGAGACUCCAUCAGCAGGCAGUACGCUGGGACAGCAGCUCUGAAGGGUGACUUUACAAGGACAGGAGAAAGGAAGUUAGCAGGAGUUAUGAAAGAUGGAGUUAACUCAGCAAAUAGGUAUUACCUGAAUCGAUUCAAGGAUGCUUAUAGGCAGGCUGUUAUAGAUUUGAUGCAAGGCAUCCCAGUGACAGAAGACCUGUAUUCCAUAUUUACCAAGGAGAAGGAGCAUGAAGCUCUGCAUAAGGAAAAUCAGAGAAGCCACCAGGAACUAAUUAGCCAGCUUUUACAAAGUUACAUGAAGUUACUGCUGCCUGAUAAUGAAAAGUUCCAUGGGGGCUGGGCCCUCAUUGACUGUGACCCCAGCCUCACUGAUGCUACUCACAGAGAUGUGGAUGUGCUCUUACUGCUUUCUAACUCUGCAUACUACGUGGCCUAUUAUGAUGAUGAAGUUGAUAAAGUAAACCAAUAUCAACGGCUAAGUCUAGAAGACCUGGAAAAAAUAGAAAUAGGUCCUGAACCCACUCUUUUUGGUAAGCCAAAGUUCUCAUGCAUGCGACUGCACUAUAGAUACAAAGAAGCAAGUGGCUAUUUCCAUACACUGAGAGCUGUGAUGCGCAAUCCAGAAGAGGAUGGAAAAGAUACCCUUCAGUGCAUUGCAGAGAUGCUACAGAUCACCAAGCAAGCCAUGGGAUUAGAUGUACCAAUAAUCGAGAAAAAACUUGAGAGGAAGAGCAGUAAACCUCAUGAAGACAUCAUUGGUAUCAGAUCUAAAAACCAAGGCUCUUUGGCCCAGGGAAAAAAAUUUUUAAUGAGCAAAUUUUCAUCGCUAAAUCAAAAAGUGAAACAGACCAAAUCCAAUGUAAAUAUUGGCAAUCUACGAAAGCUAGGAAACUUUACAAAACCUGAAAUGAAAGUUAACUUUCUAAAACCAAACUUAAAAGUAAAUCUUUGGAAAUCAGAUAGUAGCCUUGAAACCAUGGAAAACACAGGUGUGAUGGAUAAUAAAGUCCAGGGAGUGUCUGAUGGGGAAAUGUCUUCAGAUAAUGACUCAUACCAUUCUGAUGAAUUCCUUACAAAUUCCAAGUCUGAUGAAGACAAGCAGCUAGGUAAUUCUUUAGAGAACGUAGGGCCAGUGGACUAUGUUCUUCCUAGUUGUGGUAUUAUUGCUUCAGCACCUCGACUAGGCAGUAGAUCCCAGUCCAUUAGCAGCACUGAUAUCAGCAUUCACGGUCCUUCGGAGGUUGCUGUUGCUCAUGGAAGUGGCCUUGGAAAAGACCAUGAGUCUCCUUUGAAGAAAAGUCCUUCUGCUGACAACCUAUUGACUGGCUGUGCCAAGCCCAUGGAUGUUUACUGCCACAGAUUUGUGCAAGAUGCACAAAACAAAAUGACCCAUCUAUCAGAAACCAUGUCUGUUUCUCAGCAGGCUAGUGAGGAAGGAAAUCAAAUGACCAAUCAAGUUUCUAAUGAAGAAAGCCAAUCUGAGUCAACAGAACAGGUACCUUCUCGGCCGUCUCAGUUAGAUGUGUCUUUUUCUGCAACAGGCCCACAGUUUUUGUCUGUUGAACCAGUGCAUUCAGUCUUAUCUCAAAAGACCCCCGGCUCCACACCCAGCAUGCUUGAAUCGGAGACUGGGCUUCGUGUAACUCCUUCUCCUUCAGAGAGCGCCAGCAGCAGAGCAGCCUCUCCCUUUGCAAAGAUUCGAAGUUCCAUGGUCCAGGUUGCCAGUAUUACCCAAGCUGGGUUAACGCAGGGGAUAAACUUUGCAGUGGCAAAGGUUCAGAAGAGUCCUGCUGAACCUGAAGUGGUUAAUGAAGUCCAGCACAAUGAACUUAAAAAUAUGUUUACACAAUGCCAGACACGAAUAAUUCAGAUUUAGGUUUUAGCCACAAAGAAUCCUCUUGUGGCUUUUAUUUAAUCCAAAAAAAAGGUUUCAUGUAUUAGGCUAUUUUAACCUGUACUGUCUUUGAACCUAGGAAUCACAAAUCCUGUUUAUUGGGGAAAGGUUUUAGAAGGAGUCUGAACUUAAUCAGAUUUCCAGAAUUGGGAGCCAGGUAACAAGUGCUUCAUCCUAGAAUGUGUGAACCUGAGUAUCUUAUACACUACGGAGCAAUUUGUUUCUUUGAAAGUAAUAGAAAUAGAUGACUUUGGUUUGUAAUAACCUGAACCUUUUUUGGAGUGGGAUGGGUGGGUGGAGUGUGUGAAAUUUGAUGCAUAACAGAUGGACAUGUGUACAUUUAGGGGAUUAGCAUUUUUCGUAAUUUUUGUUCUACUUGUCAGUUUGUUUCUGGGUAUAACCCUCUACAAGGUAAAUACAUUUAGUUUUUAGUGACUUCCAAGUGUUACUAGUACAGAGAAGCAUUUGAGUAUAAAAACUUGGUUUAGUUUUGUUGGCUUAAUCAUUCCCUAUGAAGAGUUAAGAGGGUUAUUGGCACUACAUUCAAGAAAGUAUGCCCAUUUGAUCCUAAAUUCCCCUAUAUUGUUUACACAGUUCUAAAAUGUCCCGUCACCUUGUAUAUCCCAAAGUCUAGGACCAUUAAGACUUCUUAGUCAUAAAACCUGAGGUAUCAGAUGUGAAUACCAGCACAUAUUUAAUUUUGCUCUUUUCAGGAAUGUACACUUAUUAGAAUACUAGUAAAUCUUUAAAGAUGUCUUCAGGCUGUUAAUUUUUUGCAGGGGGCAUUCCUUAACGUCUUAUAUAGACUGUCAUACAACUACUGAAAAUACAGUCUGAUGCACAGUUGUGCUAAAACUGAUUUUAUUACUGUAACCCUGACCACUGACCAGGGCCUCUCCUAUAAUCCAUAGAAGAAAAAGUUGCACACUUUAUUCCAAGUAAGUAUUUGGUUUGUCUGGUAUCUUUAGAGCGUUACUCUGUUGAAGUAAUUCUCAGCCAAACAUUAUGUCUCUUGUAAAUUUGAAAAGUAUUUCCACUUUUGUUAUUUAUUAGUCGUAUCUUUUUUUUUUGAGGUGUCUAAUCUUGUGACUAUUUAAAAUAAAGUAAUUAUAAUUUAAA